AUGAUCCAGCAGAAGGUGGACAAUGCCCAAGCCUUUGUGUGGCUGUCUCAGCUCCGACACCGCUGGGACGAUGACAGGAAGCAUUGCUUCGCCAACAUCUGUGACGCUCAGUUCCUCUACUCCUACGAAUAUCUUGGCAACACUCCUCGGCUGGUUAUCACGCCUCUAACAGAUAGAUGUUACAUCACCCUGACCCAGUCCCUCCAUCUCACCAUGAGUGGAGCCCCUGCGGGACCAGCUGGCACUGGAAAAACUGAAACCACCAAGGACUUGGGUCGAGCCCUUGGAAUUAUGGUGUAUGUCUUCAACUGCUCUGAACAAAUGGACUACAAGUCCUGCGGGAACAUCUACAAGGGC